AUGGAGGAGUUUAGGGUAACACAUGAGUUUUCAUCUGUGUCGUUGGAUUCAAGAUACGUCAAGGCAGUGCGUUGCCUUGUAGAAGAAGUUAUCGAUAUAGGUGGAAGAGAGGUUGAUCUUUGCAACGACAUUCUUAUCCAACAACUGUUUCCAGGAAGGAGAAGAUCUGGUUUCGGUUUGUCGUCCGAAAUUAAAUCCGACCUAUGUAGUGCAGGUUUCAUGUCUUUGCCUGAGAAUCACGAGCUUCAUAUCAAAAUCUCCAAGCUUCUCAGUUUGUUGCAACAGGUAGAAGAAAGGUUUGACAUUUACUGCAAUCAAUUGGAGCAAGUGACUUCAUCAUUUGAGGAAGUAGUAGGAGAAGGAUCGUCCAAACUAUACACUGGUUUAGCUCUUCAAGCCAUGACUCGACACUUCGGUUCUCUCCAAGAAGCUAUACUCACUCAGCUCAACGUUCUUCGUCGGAGAUUCAUCAUAUCUCAAGAUGUUGUUCCCAAGAUCAUCAGCUCUGGCCUGUCACAGCUCAGCUUAUUCGAUGGGAACACUUCUUCAUCGCUUCAGCGUCUCGGUUUGGUUCAAGGACGACAGAGACAUGCUUGGAAACCCAUCAGAGGCUUGCCCGAGACUUCCGUUGCGAUUCUCCGAGCUUGGCUCUUUCAACAUUUCUUGCAUCCUUAUCCGAAUGAUGCAGAGAAGCUGAUGUUGGCGUCUCAAACAGGACUUUCCAAGAACCAAGUACCUUUCCCUCUGUAUCUGAUUGUGCAUUUUCUAAAAGUAUCAAACUGGUUUAUAAAUGCUCGAGUUCGACUUUGGAAACCGAUGAUAGAAGAGAUGUACAGAGAGGAGUUUGGAGAUUCCUCAGAUGAAUCCAUGCAAAGAGAAGGCAAUGAUGAUUCAAACUGA